UUCUCAACAAUGGCUGAAACAAAAGAAAGCAUAGUAAUGUUUCCCUACAUGGCUCAAGGCCAUAUUAAUCCUUUCCUAGCUUUAGCCCUUCGAAUUGAAAAAAGGAACAAAUACACCAUAAUUUUUGUUAACACCCCUUUAAAUAACAAGAAACUCAGAUCAUGUCUCCCUCUAAACUCCUCCAUUCAUCUCCUUGAAAUCCCUUUUAAUAGCUCAGAUCAUGACCUCCCUCCUAAUUCUGAAAAUUUGGAUUCUCUUCCUCAUCAUCUUUUCCUCAGUCUCCUUAAAGCUUCUCUAUCUUUGAAACCCCAUUUCAGGAAACUUAUAUAUAAUCUUAUCCAUCAAGAGAAUGGGCAAAAACCACUUUGCAUCAUCUCGGACAUGUUCUUAGGAUGGUGUAUAGAGAUAGCCCAAGAGUUUGGAAUAUUUCAUUCUAUAUUUAUUACUGGUGGUGGUUUUGGCUCUGCUUGUUACUACUAUUUCUGGCUAAAUUUACCUCACCGGAACACUGAUUCUGAUGAAUUUGUGUUGCCGGAUUUUCCUGAAGCUUCUACCUUUCAUGUCACUCAAAUGUCAGAGCCUUUAAGAGUCACGGAUGGAAGUGAUUCUAUUUCAGUGUUUCAUAGGGAAGAGCUACUUUGUCACUGGAGUAAAGCUGAUGGAAUUUUGUUCAACACAGUAGAGGAGAUUGACAAGCUUGGACUAAUGUAUUUUAGGAGAAAAUUAGGCCGACAGGUUUGGUCUAUUGGCCCUUUUAUUUUGUCUCCGGGAAGCAGAAGAGAUUUUGGAGUCUCCUCAGAGGUGUGUAAAAAUUGGCUUGAUAAAAAACCUUCUUGUUCAGUUCUCUAUGUGUCAUUUGGAUCACAGAACACUAUAUCUGCAUGGAAUAUGAUGCAAUUGGCAAUGGCUUUAGAGGGUUGUGGCAAGAAUUUCAUUUGGGUUGUUAGGCCACCAUUAGGCUUUGACAUAAACUCUGAAUUUAGAGCCAAUGAAUGGUUGCCUCAAGGAUUUGAAGAGAGAAUCAAAGACUCAGGACGUGGGCUAUUGGUUCAUAAAUGGGCACCCCAGGUGGAGAUUUUAUCUCACAAAUCUUUAUCUACAUUUUUGAGUCAUUGUGGAUGGAACUCUGUGCUUGAAUCACUGAGCCAUGGCGUGCCAAUGAUAGGGUGGCCAGUGGCAGCAGAGCAGUUUUAUAAUGUAAAAUUGUUGGAAGAAAUGAUUGGAGUAUGUGUGGAGGUUGCUAGAGGGAAGAGGAGUGAGGUUUUUCGUGAAGAUAUAAUGGAAAAAAUUAAGUUGGUGAUGAAUGAGAGUGAGAAGGGAAAGGAAAUGAGAGGGAAAGCUUUGCAAGUUAAGGCGAUAAUUAACAAUGCUAUCAAAGAUGAGGGAAAUUCUAAAGGGUCUUCUAUGGACGCCAUGGAUCAAUUCUUGAAUGCUGCAUUGAAUCUGAAAACAAAGGGGAAAUUCAACAAUGAGGUUUGA